AUGGGCAGCGCAGAGCCCACAACGCUACACGAGGAGCACCAAUAUCUCUCCCUCGUCCGGCGUGUCAUCGACGUAGGCGAAGUUCGCCCAGAUCGCACUGGCACAGGCACCCUCUCCAUCUUUGCACCCCCCUCUUUCCGUUUCUCUCUCGCCGAUGACACGCUCCCCCUCCUCACAACAAAACGUACAUUCCUACGUGCCAUAGUUGAGGAACUCCUCUGGUUUAUCCAAGGCUGCACAGACUCCCGAGUGCUCUCGCAGAAGGGCAUCAAAAUAUGGGACGGAAAUGGAAGUAGCGAAUUCCUCCAAAAGCAGGGGCUGGGACACAGACGGGAGGGUGAUCUUGGCCCCGUAUACGGGUUUCAAUGGAGACAUUUUGGCGCAAACUACGUCAAUUGCGACACAGAUUACACCGGUCAGGGUGUCGAUCAGCUGAAGGAAUGUAUUCGGAAGAUCAAAGACGAUCCGACUGAUCGACGAAUAAUCUUGAGCGCGUGGAAUCCAGCAGCCAUGCCGCUCAUGGCCCUUCCACCAUGCCAUAUGAUGUGCCAAUUCUACGUGCAUCUCCCCGUCACACCUGAUGCUCCUAAACGCCUAUCGUGUCUCAUGUACCAGCGCUCUGCCGACCUCGGACUAGGCAUCCCUUUUAACAUCGCCUCUUACGCACUCCUAACACACAUGGUUGCGCACGUCACAGGGACCAAACCCCAUGAGCUCAUCAUCCAACUCGGAGACGCACAUGUUUACCGCGAUCAUGUCGAUGCUCUCGAAAUACAACUUAAACGCGAGCCAAGAUCAUUCCCAAAGGUCAAAUUCAGAAGGGAGAUAAACGACAUUGACGGGUUUGAUUCGGAAGAUAUCGUGGUCGAGGGAUAUAAUCCUUACCCAACAAUUGCGAUGAAGAUGAGUGUGUAG